AACCUCCAUCAGGCAUCCAGCAUGCGUACUCUGGUGGUUUUGCCUCUGCUGUUGUGUGCAGUGGUGUGUGUGGUCCAGGUGAGAGCAGAGGUGAAGGCGGUGAAGCUGUGUGGGCGAGAGUUCCUGAGGGCUGUCGUUUACACCUGCGGAGGAUCCCGCUGGAGGAGAUUCCUCAGUGAGUCAGACAUGGACGGGGAUCAGAGCAGUUUGGAGAGUAGCAACCCAGGCUCCGAGUUGACCAGACGAGAUAUUAACAACAUACUGACCAACGUGUGCUGCCAGGUGGGCUGCAGGAAGAGUGACCUCACCUUCCUCUGCUGA